UUUUGUUACUCUUGAGUUGUUUUGAACAUUGCCCGACCGGCACGGCCAACGCCUGACCGUUGUGUGUAAACUGUACACGUAGCCCGCGUACCGAUGCGAUGCUACAACGAUGGUUAUCAAUGCAUGUCGUAGUAGGUGAUAAGGCAGAAACCAUGCCUUCGGAGAUUGUGUGUUUCGGAGUGAAGUUUUUGUAGUCGCUCCGAACAUGGCGCAGCAAAUGGAAUCUGGGCGAAAGUACUGGCGGCAUGGCCACGGUCGUGAAUCGGAGAUUCUUGAACUUGAAAGGCAAUGGAAACCCAUCUUUGACAAGUAUGAUGCAGAUGGAGAUGGCCAGAUACCGCUGGAAGAUAUCCAUGCACUCUUACACCAGGGGAACACUGACCUGGCACAGGACGUUCCAAAAGGCGUACUUGACGAAAUCGUUGAGAGGGCAGACUGGGACAACAAUGGGAUGCUUUCUUAUCAAGAAUUCAAAAGCAUGGUGAAUGCACAUGACCUCGGUGAGCAUAGGCCUCGGUUUCAUGCCUUGGUGCGAUAUGCAGCGCGUGCUGUGGUACCCACGCGGCAACGGGCCACUGUUGUCCGCAGGUACAUGGAUGAAUACAGCUGCAUGCCUCCACCUAUAUUUGUGAUGCUAGUCAGCCUUAUUGAGGUUAUUGUCUUUGUCUACUACUGCAUCGUCCUGAAUGAGCUCACAGCUACUGGCCCUGCGCCUACGGAAAGCCCACUAAUUUAUAACCCAAAGCGGCGAAAGGAGGCAUGGCGCUUCUUGACAUACAUGCUCAUUCAUGUAGGAGGCUAUCACAUGUUCUUCAAUCUCAUUAUUCAGCUGAUCUUGGGUAUACCAUUGGAAAUGGUGCAUAAGUGGUGGAGAAUAUUAAUAGUUUACAUAUUAGGAGUUAUUGCAGGUUCCCUCGGCUCAUCCAUUUCGGACCCCGGUGUUUUUCUUGCUGGCGCAUCAGGUGGAGUGUAUUCCUUACUAGCCGCCCAUCUUGCAACGGUCAUCCUUAACUUUAAGGAAAUGGACUUUGGAUGGCUUCGUCUAGUCAGUCUCCUCAUCUUUGCAGCAACUGACAUAGGGGUUGCCGUGUACGGCCGUUACUAUGAAGAGCAAGAGCAAAACCGUGUGAGCUACGCAGCUCACCUUGCCGGCGCUCUUGCAGGUCUCAUGGUUGGAAUCAUGUUUCUCCGUAACCUUGUCGUGCACAAGUGGGAGGUUGUGCUUGGCAGGGUUCUCUUUGCUGUUUUUCUUGUCCUUAUGAUCGCUGCUGUUCUUUUCAAUGCGUUCUACCCAGAGUAUUUCCCUCCACCUGUAGUAUGAACUUCAGUAUACUGGGUGCUACUGGUGUAACUUCAUUUUGAUGAGGAGCACCGUUCAAUUCUGAUUUCUACCGACUUGUUGCACUGGAAAAAUUCGUACUGUAAUACUCAUUACCAUUAUCAUACUUGUUGUGCCUUAUCCUUAAAAGAAUGCCUAUCCUUCAGCAUGUGCAGCAUUCAUUUUUCGCUUAUUUAUUGGGAUCUUACACUUAGAAAACAGAGGUGACUGAAUCAUUAAAGCACAUUUUGCUAGGCGUCUGUGGUUUUUAUACUGACUGUCAUGGGUACAGCUAGUCCACUAAUAACCCUGGUGUGUAGACACUGGGGUGAGGAUAUCUAAGGCUAACAAUGGGACAGUGGCUGCAUUUUUGCUAUACAGGGUGUCCACGCUAACUAAAGACACACUUUUUAUAUUUGGAGAAAUGAUUUUUUCACAGUUAUAAGGGAUGACAAUAUGUUUCACAAGCCACGCCUGCAAGGGAACCAGCAACCUCCUAGGUCGAUCUAUUAAUUAGGUUUCGCUAAUUAUUGGGGAGCAUAAAUGCAAAAUCGGUUUACGUCGGUGCGCUGCUGCUGCUGCCAUUUUCAAAAGAAUGCUUGAGACCAUUAUAGCGUGAGGAAAUGGCCCCGAAAUUUCAGUUUCAAUUUACUUAUUUUUGAGGUGCUUGUGAACAGCCAGUAUGGUUCUGGGUAACAGUGCACACUUAAUCACUAAAAGCAAUGAAAACAAAAAAAAGAUGCCAUAGAAAAAAAGAAAAGGCGAACAAUAAUAUUCAAUAUACGCAGCAUACACAGUAGAUAGAGGCAUACAAAAAUGAGUAGCAACAAGAGCAAACAAUAGUAAUCAUGAAACAACGGCAAUGUGAUGGUAAUUCUUGUCGCGCAGCUUCAAGCAUGCUUUUUGCCCUUUCCCUUAACCCCGCAGGAGAAACAAUGCUGCAGCGCCGCAACCCUUGCGCUUAAAGGAAAGGGCUAAAAGCGUGCAACAAGAAUCACCAUCACAUUGUUGUUAUUUCGGGACAGUUUCCUCGCGAUAUACUGGUCUCGGGCGUUCUUUUGAAAACGGCAUCGGCGCACUGAUGUAAACUGAUUUUGCAUUUGCGCCGAGCUUCUAUCUCCAGUAAUUAAAAAGUGAUUUAAUGGAACCUAAUUAAUACAUCGACUUAGGAGGUUGCUGCUGCACUCAUGAGGUGUGGCUUUUGGCGUAGAACAUAUUGUCAUCGCUGAUGACAGCGAAAAAAUGAUUUCUCCAAAUAUGAAAAAAUCCGUCUAUAGUUAGUGUAGACACCGUGUAUAUGUGGAUGUUUAAGGCCUUUUUUUUUCUCCUUUUCACAGUUUUACGUAUAGGCUUUUUUUUGUGGGGUGGACAAUAUUACUGAUUUUUUAAAUAACGUGUUGUCUGCAGUGCUCUGGGCAUGGUUUUUGACUGUUGUGGUAAAGUCAGUACAGAACCAGGAACUCGGACCACAUCAAAACCUUAAGGUCUGAAUCUGGAGCGACGUAUGUUGUAGAGCUUGAAAUCGAAACCAAAUGAAUGUUUGCUCCUAGUCAAUGCAUCGGUCCAAAAGAGUGCUUCGUGUUGUAAAAGAACAGCAGAGCUCUCGAUUUUUGCUGCAUAGCGAAUAGCAAUAGCCUGGCUUGAUUGUAUGGCAUGGUUGUAUUUUUGUAUGCGCAUAAAGCUGCCUUCGGACACACUGUUCAUAAUAAAUAUGGGAAGCUGA